CCGGUUAUUUAAAAAAAAAUGUUUACUAACCCGUGUUUGUUGUGACGUCUGUAAAAAUGGCGGGGCUAAUGCUAACCAGUUAAGAUAGCAAGCAAACCCAGGCUCAGGAUUUAUCUCGAUUUCUGUUUUACUGCUGGCAGGGAAACAGGCAGCCAUGGCCAACCAAUCAAUGGAAAUCAUAGCGAAGGUUUUGGAGCAGUCAGCUAAGCUGGUGGAGGAGCAGGUGGAUGCACAGUUGUCCAAGCUGAAUGAAAUGGAUGAAGAUGACUUGGAACGGCUGAAGGAGAGACGAUUGGAGGCACUUAAAAAGGCCCAAAAACAGAAGCAGGAGUGGUUGUCCAAAGGGCAUGGAGAGUACAGAGAAGUAGCCAGUGAGAAAGACUUUUUCAGCGAGGUGAAAGACAGCAAGAAUGUUGUCUGCCACUUCUACAGAAAUUCAACCUUCAGGUGUAAGAUCUUCGACAAACACUUGGGCAUCUUGGCAAAGAAGCAUGUUGAGACUAAAUUCAUCAGACUGAAUGCAGAAAAAGCCCCAUUUCUGACAGAGAGGCUGCGCAUCAAAGUUAUUCCAACUCUGGCUUUGCUUAAUGACGGAAAAACAAAGGACUAUGUGGUCGGAUUCACCGACCUGGGAAACACAGACGAGUUUACCACAGAGAUGCUUGAGUGGAGGCUCGGCUGUGCGGAUGUUAUUAACUACAGUGGUAACCUGAUGGAGCCCCCAACAGUGACGCAGAGAUCAGGAACCAAGUUCACAAAAGUGGAGAAGAAAACCAUCAGAGGGCGAGGUUAUGACUCUGAUUCUGAGUCUGAAGAUGACUGAAGAGUCAGGACAGUUGUCGGGUUUUCACUCUCAGGGCUACCUCAUUAAUAAAAGUCCAGCAGACAGCCCACUUCAUUUUUUUCAAGUCUCUUUUUAUCAGUGACUUUAUUCAUUGAUAUAUUUUUUUAAUCAACCUGAUCCACUGAUUUAUUUUAUUAAAAAGAGCAUGUUUGUUUCAGCCUUCUUUAAGGACUUGUCCGCCAUGGUUUAUAUUUGAAUAUCUAAGUGAUGAAAGACGUGGUUCACGAACAAGGAAACAUUACACUGAGUGACUGCACCAACUGUGUGGAUCUACUAGCUCUUAGCUGUGUUGUGUGGUUUUUUUUUUCUCUUGUUCUUAAUUUACAGGCGUACCCAUUUUUUGUAGACAGCUCAGUUUCAUGCACUUUCGUAACUUUGUAAGUCUUGUGUUAGAACACAGUUCAUGAUGCAUGAGUGCCAAGAUGAUCUUUAAAGAGCAAAAUACAUUUUUACAUGACAUUUCAUGGUAGCAAGAGUUUGAACUAAUGCAGACUUAAUAAAAAUAAAAGAAUUAAA